AUGACUCUGCCUGCGCCGCAUCAGGGUAGCGUCCAGAGCAGCGGAGCAGCUCGCAGCCCCCGGGGGCCUCCUGCCGCCGCCCGGUGGCCCCUGCCGUCAGGCAGCAUCCCGGCGUUUGCAGAUCUGCUCUGCGGGGCCGCUUGCCGCCGGUGGAACCACCGCCUCGCGCGCGGGCACGAGGCAUCACGUGUCACCUGCCUGGAAGUAACUUACCUCGGAGCCCGCAGCGAUGUGGCAGGCGCGGAGAGCAGCAUGGUUUGGCGGAGAUCUCCAGAGUGGGCCCAAGUGGAGCCAGUACUUUCAAAGGGGAACAAUUGCUUGGAUGCAGCAAAAGCUUGUAACCUAAAUGAUACCUGCAAGAGGUUCAGAUCUGCUUACAUAACCCCCUGCACCAGCAGCACGUCUAAUGAAAUCUGUAACAAGCGGAAGUGUCAUAAGGCCCUCCGGCUAUUUUUUGACAAAGUUCCCCCAAAGCACAGCUACGGGAUGCUCUUCUGCUCCUGUCGAGACGUAGCCUGUACAGAAAGGAGACGGCAGACUAUUGUUCCUGUGUGUUCAUAUGAGGACAGGGAGAAACCAAACUGCCUGAAUUUACAAGAAUCCUGCAAGAAGAAUUACAUCUGCAGAUCUCGCCUUGCAGAUUUCUUCACAAACUGCCAGCCUGAGUCACGGUCUGUUAGUAGCUGUCUGAAGGAGAACUAUGCUGACUGCCUUCUCGCUUACUCGGGGCUUAUUG